AUGACCGUGGUGAGCGUUGAAUACGCAACCUACCAGUGCAAGAAGGCGAUGAAGAUCGGGCUCUCCCUUUUCCGCAGAAGAUUUAAUUCUUCCAAAUGCAAGACAAUGGCGAAGAUGGCUGUGGCCAGGGUGAAGCUACUGAGGAAUAAGCGGGAAGUGGUGAUUAGGCAGAUGAGGAGGGACAUUGCUAUUUUGCUUGAGAAGAAACAGGAUGCCACUGCUCGAGUUAGGGUCGAACAUGUGAUAAGAGAGCAAAAUAUUAUGGCUGCAAAUGAGUUCGUUGAGCUCUUCUGUGAACUUCUUGUGGCUAGACUCCAAAUAAUUGCAAAGCAAAGGAACUGCCCUCCUGAUUUGAAAGAAGGGAUAUCAAGUUUAAUUUUUGCAGGCCCUCGAUGCUCAGAGAUUCCUGAAUUACUGGGCAUCCGGGAUGUUUUUGAGAAGUUCUAUGGCAAAGAUUUUGUAUCUGCAGCUGUUGAUCUCCGUCCCAAUGCUGGAGUGAAUCGCACGCUUAUUGAAAAGCUUUCAGUCAGAACACCAUCUGGUGAAGUGAAAUUGAAGGUUUUGAAAGAGAUAGCCAAGGAAUACCAGGUUGAUUGGGAUACAACAGAAUCUGAAGCAGAACUUCUCAAGCCUCCAGAAGAGCGUAUUGAAGGAUCAAGUGCUUUCAGGAGUGCAUCCACCUUACCUGUCAAGGCUAGCCAACAUCAACCUGUAACACCUGAAACCCCAACCAACAUGCAUUCAGGUGUUGAAGAAAGAAAUGUCUAUGGCUUUCAAGACUCGGCAUCAGCUGCUGAAGCUGCUGAAAAGUCUGCAAAGGAAGCAAUUGCUGCUGCUGAAGCAGCUGCCUACUUGGCUGGCAAAGAAGCACCUUCAACAGGUUUUCGUCCGAGUGUUAAUAACAUGCAGAAGAGCUUGAAGCGCCGAAACUCUCUAAACAUCAAUUUUUCAAAUGAUGGGCAUAAUACAGCUUACAAUGUGGAUGAUGCAAGGAAGAUUAACAGGAGGCAUAGCUACAUUGUUCCCUCUACUCACUCGGACAUCAAGUUUGAUGAUUCAGAUGGUGACGAAGAAGCUGAAAUGGAAGAAGAACCAGCAUAUCACCAAAGGCACAGCUACAAUGCCACUCCACCAGCUGUACAAUCAGACAUUAAAUUUGAUGAAUCAGAUGUUGAUGAGGAAAUUGAGAUGGAAAGACCAGAGCAGUCACCGCCUAAAAGGGACGCACCUCGACCACCAUUUAUGCAAGUGAAUAAACAAGAAUCGUUUUCUCGGGUUCAUCCUAAGUUACCAGAUUAUGAUACUCUUGCUGCUCGUUUUGAAGCUCUCAAGUACAGGAAGUCCUGA